CUUAGCCCGCCUAAACAGUAACAAGCAUUUUUCGUAUACGAACUGACAUGCAUCUCGCCACGCCAUCGUCUUCUUUCUCCUUUCCAACUUCAUUAACGACCAAAUCAAAGCAGCUUCCAAAUCCCUAAUUCCCUCUCUUCAAUGGCUUCUCAGGAACCGAACCGGGCUCCCAUGUACCCGCAAGUGAUCGACCCGGAUUUCCAAAACCCGUUCUAUCACUCGCCUUCUUCCUCCGACCGGGCUCCAAUGUACCCCGUCGUAGACACCAAGGAUGCGGAGAAUCUUUUUCCUGGAGAUCACGAAACUGGCCGUGGAAAUCAUCCCCAUUCCCCGUCUGCCCCUCCGGAGGCUGUUGAAGAAAGCCUCCUGCUUGUACCGGGUACGAUCCUCCACUUGAUUGAUAAACAGUACUCGGUCGAGCUUGCCACCGGCGAAUUAUUACUACACCGUCUUCGGCAGGGGAACAACACCGUUGCUGUCUUCGCCAGGGUCGCAGAUGAUAUCCAGUGGCCCUUAACCAAGGACCUGGCCUCUGUGAAGCUUGACGAUUCACAUUACUUCUUCUCGUUUCGAGCUCCUACCGAGGAUGGUGAUUCAGAUUCUAGUGAUGAGGAGGAGAAAGGAAAGGGGAAGAAGAAGGAGAAGCUCAAAGAAAAAGAAAAGGAUGUAGGGAAUGACGUGUUAAACUAUGGACUUACAAUUGCUUCCAAAGGCCAGGAGAAUUUGAUUAAAGAGCUUGAUAAAAUUCUGGACAGUGUUACCAGCUUUUCCGUGCAGAGGGUGGAGGAAAAGGCGUUUGAGGUUUUGGGAGGUACUGUGGCCCAGGAGGUCUCCUCUGCUGAAUUGAAGUUAGAGAAUAAGAAGGAGGUGUUGGAGGAGAGGUGUGCAGCUUAUUGGACAACUUUGGCGCCCAAUGUGGAGGAUUACAGUAGCUCAGCUGCGAAAUUGCUGGCUUCCGGGUCAGGGAAGCUGAUAAAAGGUAUCUUGUGGUGCGGUGAUGUCACUGUGGAUAGAUUGAAGUGGGGGGAUGAGGUUAUGAGGAAUAGGGUUGCCUCUGGUUCCAAUGCUGAGGUCAGUCCUCAGACCAUGAAAAGGAUCAAAAGGGUAAAAAGGGUGACAAGCAUGACUGAGAAAGUGGCUAGCGGGGUCCUUUCAGGAGUUGUUAAGGUUUCAGGGUUUGUUACCAGCUCUGUUGCUAACUCCUCAGUAGGAAAGAAGUUUUUUAGCCUCUUGCCUGGGGAAAUGGUACUUGCCACACUGGAUGGAUUUAGCAGAAUAUGUGAUGCUGUUGAAGUAGCAGGAAAGAAUGUGAUGUCAACAUCGUCAACUGUGACAACUGGACUAGUCUCUCACAGGUAUGGGGACGAGGCAGCGAAGGCAACAAGUGAAGGGCUUGAAGCUGCAGGGCAUGCGAUGGGGACUGCAUGGACCGUUUUCAAAAUCAGAAAAGCAUUAAACCCUAAAAGUUCUCUGAAACCCACUACUCUAGCUAAAUCUGCUGCCAAAGCCGCUGCCUCUGAGUUCAAGGCCAAGAAGAAUUCCAAGUAACUAUGACCCACACUUGUGUAAGAGAGUUGUUCACUUGUUCCUAACUUGUGAACCCUUUGAUUUUCCAGCGUCGUAUAGUGUUGAUGUUUUUUAACUUCUACACUAUGCUGCUGAAGUUCAUAUUUGUUGAAGCCUUUAGUGUGUGUUACCACUAUCAUUAUGAGGUUUUCUUGAAGCCAUCUCCAGAACUCUUCUAGAUUAGAAUGAAAUAUUGACUCUGAACACAUACUUGUAAAUUAAUAGUUGUUUUUACUGGAUCUCCCAAUCAAUCUGAUAUUUCAGUGGAACUGUGCAAGUACUACUAUGUUAAUAGAAAGGACCAUGAAUAUCAACCAAACUUUUUUCUUGAACAAAA